AUGACCUCGACACAAACCUCUUUCCACAAAAGCCCUUCCAAAAUGGGCAAGUUUCGCCCCAGCAACAUCCUGGGCGAUCCCUUCGCGCUCGCGACCGUCUCGAUUUCCAUUCUGGCAUGGCUGAUCGCUUUCAUCUCAUCGAUCAUUGCCGACGUGCAAAAAGCCAAGUACCCUAACUACUCGUGGUGGGCGAAUUGCUACAUGUUCUGUGUGAUUACGGGGCUUGUUGUGACCUUCGGCACGGACACGGGCCACCUCUAUGGCGUCGCAAUCGUCGGCUACCUAGGUUGCGGCCUGGUCCUGACCUCCCUGAGCGCCAACAACCUGAUCUACGAGAACCAAGGCUCAAUGCAAGCCGCCGGCGCCGGAUUCAUCCUCCUCUCCAUGAUCAUCAUCAUUUGGAUCUUCUACUUUGGAUCAACCCCACAGGCCACCCACCGCGGCUUCAUCGACUCCUUCGCCCUGAACAAGGAGCAACCCGCCGAACCCUCCUACCGCGGCAGCCGCCCCAUGUCCAGCGCAUUCGGCGCCCGCCCAGAGACAAUGGCCACCAACAACACCCCCCAGAUGUACACCUCCGCCCAACUCGGCGGCUUCGAGACCUCCUCCCCCGUCUCCGGAUACCCAGGUGGAGCACCAGGCGCCGAGCGAGCCUCCUCCGCGCCCCGCUUCGGAACCCCCAGCAACGCAGGCAACGACCAGGAAGCUGGCGAGGUGCCCCAGCCCACCGACUACCCGUAUCGCGCCAAGGCGAUCUACUCGUACGACGCGAACCCCGAAGACGCGAACGAGAUCAGCUUUGCAAAACACGAGAUCCUGGAGGUGUCCGAUGUCAGCGGUCGAUGGUGGCAGGCCCGGAAACAGAAUGGAGAAACUGGCAUUGCGCCCUCGAACUAUUUGAUCCUUCUGUGA